AUGCCCAACAAGAACAAAGGGGGCUAUAAACCCCGGGCCCAGGGAGCAGCUCCCACCAGAUUCCGAUGCAAGGUCGGAGGAGAGUGGAAGCCACUCGCCGACUUCUCCAACAACCAGCAGAAGAAUAUCAAGUGGCAGCUUGAGAAGGGUGAGAACGUCGAUCCCGCGCACAGCGGAAUGAUCUGUAAGGAGCAUUCUGCCGGUGCCAAGAUGGAAUACCGCUGCGAGGUGUGCGACCUCAUCAAGCCCCGCGAGCACUUCAGCAAGGCCGCUCUUCGCCGCGAGGAAAUCAUUUGUGAGAGAUGCACCGCUUGGACCGAGACCCAGGAACCCAGUGUCACGCCUUCGCCCUUGGAGACGGGUCACGUCUCCGUCGAGGAGGAAAACGAAGGUGUCUGGGCUCGCGACUUUGCCAACGCCGACUUCUUUGGCGACUCUGACCUUCCACGAGCCCCCGUUACCGGACUCGAAGGCCUUGGCCUGACUGAAUUGGAGAGCACCGCUGAAGGCACCCGGGCCAACCAGAUCCUCUCCGAGGUGCUCACCCGUGACGGCUCGACUUCCUCGCACUCUCGUGUCGGCGCGGACACAGCCAGCGUCGCUGACGAUGCAAUGUCGACCAUCACCCGACUUCCUCCUCACCUGGCAAGCAAGGUCUCGACCAAAGCGAACUCUGUUGUGAGCUCCGUUGCGACAUCCAACCUGAAGCAGCACAACGAGCUGCCACCUCACCUCCGGGGCCCUGGAAGCAUUUCAACUGCCAGUACCGUUCGUAAGGACCGAGAGGAGACGGCCAAAGCACGCCAGGUUCAGUACAAUGCUUGGGACCCUGCUGGCAAGAAGCAUCAAGCUAUCAAGAACCCGACCGUCAUGUCUAGCAGCGGCGCAUCUGCCCUGUCUUCGGCCGACAAGAGCGAGUACAGCAACAGCAACCCCAACCUCAUCGGCGAUUGGAGCGAUGUGCCCAACGCCCUCGAGGCGGAGCCGGCCACUCGAGGAGGGAACAGCAAAUGGCCCAAAUCCAGCGAGCUCCGAAUUCCUCAGUCUGAGAUGAAGAAGCAGCCAGUGUUGACCUCGACCAAGGCGAAGAAUGUCGACCCCGAGGUCGUUCGCCAGCGUCAAAUGCACUACGCCGAGUCGGAUGAUUCCGACUUCUAG